GACACCGAGGCCGAGCGGGCAGGGGGCUGCCCGCCAUGACCCCCCGGAGCCCGGCGUGAGGGGCCGAGAUGCGGUGACCCACCAGCUCCUGCCACCGUUGUCUUCCUUGUGUCGCUCCAUCUCGCCACACCCCGGGGGGCCCACCACCCGCCACCAUGUCGACCUCGUCGCUGCGGCGCCAGAUGAAGAACAUAGUCCACAACUACUCAGAGGCCGAGAUUAAGGUCCGAGAAGCCACGAGCAAUGACCCCUGGGGCCCGUCCAGCUCCCUGAUGUCUGAGAUCGCCGACCUUACCUACAAUGUCGUCGCCUUCUCCGAGAUCAUGAGCAUGAUCUGGAAGCGGCUCAAUGACCAUGGCAAGAACUGGCGGCACGUCUACAAGGCCAUGACGCUGAUGGAGUACCUCAUCAAGACCGGCUCGGAGCGCGUGUCACAGCAGUGCAAGGAGAACAUGUACGCCGUGCAGACACUGAAGGACUUCCAGUACGUGGACCGUGACGGCAAGGACCAGGGUGUGAACGUGCGUGAGAAGGCCAAACAGCUGGUGGCCCUGCUGCGCGAUGAGGACCGGCUGCGGGAGGAACGCGCCCAUGCGCUCAAGACCAAGGAGAAGCUGGCGCAGACUGCCACUGCCUCCUCAGCAGCGGUGGGCUCUGGGCCCCCUCCCGAGGCGGAGCAGGCGUGGCCGCAGAGCAGCGGGGAGGAGGAGCUGCAGCUGCAGCUGGCGCUGGCCAUGAGCAAGGAGGAGGCGGACCAGCCCCCGUCCUGCGGCCCCGAGGACGACGUCCAGCUCCAGCUGGCCCUUAGUUUGAGCCGAGAGGAGCACGACAAGGAAGAGCGGAUCCGCCGUGGGGAUGACCUGAGGCUGCAGAUGGCCAUAGAGGAGAGCAGGAGGGAGACCGGUGGCCAGGAGGAGUCAUCCCUCAUGGAUCUUGCUGACGUCUUCACGGCCCCAGCUCCACCACCAGCCUCAGACCCCUGGGGGGGCCCAGCGCCCAUAAGCACCUCCACCUCGGACCCUUGGGGGGGGCCCCCUGUCCCUCCAGCUGCUGAUCCCUGGGGUGGUCCGGCCCCUACACCAGCCUCUGGGGACCCUUGGAGGCCUGCUGCCCCUGUGGGGCCCCCGGUUGACCCUUGGGGUGGGACCCAGCCCCCUGCAGCUGGAGAGGGGCCCACCCCUGACCCAUGGGGGAGCUCUGAUGGUGGGGCCCCAGUUGGCGGACCCCCUGCCUCUGAUCCCUGGGCUCCAGCCCCUGCCUUCUCAGACCCCUGGGGAGGGUCACCUGCCAAGCCCAGCACCAACGGCACUGCGGCAGUGGGGUUUGAUGUGGAGCCUGAUGAGUUCUCUGAUUUUGACCGACUGCGCACGGCCCUGCCAACCUCCGGGAGCAGCACGGGUAAGCCGCCCCCACCCCUGGCCUGGCGUCCCCCCCGCCCCCCCAAC